AUGUUGGUUGAGAGGCAGCCAAGGACUCUGCCUAGCACUAUAGAGUCCAACCCAAGGGAGCAUGUGAACACAAUCAUAUUGCGGUCAGGUGAGUAUGUUUCUGGUCCUUCUUCUAUUUCUAACAAUGACACUGAUGCGCAGGUAGAUUCAAGUAGGGAAGUUGAAGCUACCAAGGCGAAGGAACCAGAGAAGGAAGAGGCAAAGGAGAUUCCAUUGAGGGAAAACCAGCGUAAAAUUCCAUACCCUGCUAUAUUAAAGCAAGCGCAAGUCGAGCAGCAGCUUAGUAAAUAUUUGGAUAUUUUUAAACAACUGCAUAUAAACUUACCUUUUAUUGAACUUAUUUUGCAGAUACCUAGGUAUGUGAUGUUCUUAAAGGAGAUUCUUAGCAACAAAAGGAAGUUUGAUGACUUGGCGUGCGUGACGCUAAACGAGGAAUGUUCGACAAUUUUUAAGAACAAGUUACUAGAAAAGCGACAUGAUCUAGGGAGUUUUACUAUUCCUUGUGUUAUAGGUAACUUAUUUAUUAAUGAUGCUUUAGCUGAUUUAGGGGCUAGUAUUAAUGUAAUGCCAUGCAGCCUGUUUGUAAAGUUGGGGUUGGAAAAUACUAAACCCACUAGGACGAGUAUACAGUUAGUUGAUAGAUCUGUUAAGUAUCCUAGGGUAUUGUAG